UACGGAGACGACGGAGGAGGAGCAACAGCAGGAGCUGGAGCAGGAACAGGAGCAGGAGCAGGAGCAGGAGCAGGAGCUGGAGCUGGAGCUGGAGCAGCAGCCGGACAAGAGAGAAUCGAGCUCAAUUACGCCGCCAAACUGUCGUGUCAGCAACAACGUGAAAUGUGCAAUUCCUGGCUGCUGCUCAUAAUUGCGCUCUCCGUUGUCGUCUGCCUGUGGAACUCGCAACAAACCGAAACAUCCAAAUCAUGCCCAGCCGAGUGCAUCUGCUUGUCCCAGACUCAAGUGCUGUGUAACACCGGUGGCCUUGAGCAGAUCCCGCUGCGCCAGCUGCCGGCAACGGUGGAGAACCUGGCGCUGACCAAGAACAACUUUCCCAUCAUCAAGCCGGACUCGUUUGCCGGCUUGCGGGCGCUCAAGAAGCUGUCGCUGGACGGGAACAACAUUACGCGCAUCAAGCAGUUCGCCUUCCGUGGACUGCCGCGGCUGAAGGAGCUGUCCAUCCAGUACACACCGCUGCAGACAGUGGCCCAGUUUGCAUUCGCCGGCCUGCAGAAUUUGUCCACCAUCCUGCUGAGCCACAACCAGAUCCAGCGGAUCGAGGGCAAUGCCUUCGCGGGCACCUCGAACAUUAAGCUGAUCCUGCUGACCAACAACCCGCUGAUCCGCAUCGACAGCUCGGCCUUCUCCAGCCUGACCAACGUGGGCCAUCUGAUCCUGCCCUCGGGCAUUCGCAGCAUCGAGCAGGACGCCUUCUUUGGCAUGGAUACUGUGGGCCUGCUGAAGCUCGCCUACAUGGACCUCAAGGAGGUGGCGCCAUUCACCUUCCGCGGUCUGUCCAAUGUCCUGCUGCUGACGCUGCAGGAAUCCGAUCUGGGCGUGAUCUGUGCGGAUGCCUUCACCGGCCUGACCCAGGUGGAGACGCUGCAGGUGCUCAACAACAAGAUCGACUCGAUCGAGGAGCUGAACUUCACCAGCACAGCGGCCAUCAAGCACUUGAAGUUCUUUGGCAAUCAUGUCCUGGAGACGCCCGACCCGAACUCCAUCAUUGUGGACGGGGUGGAGCAUCUGCAGCUGGUGAGCAACCACUUCCCCUGCGGCUGCCACAUCCACACGCUGCUGGACGGGCCGCUGGCCGAGGGCGCCCACAACCUGAGCGACUUCCUGCAAAAGAACUACUGCAUCUCGCCGCUGGAGGUCAACGGUCGGGUGAUGUCCGAGCUGGACAUUGACUCCAUUGGCCGCUGCUCUGAUCAGUUGACCAAGGGCAAUCUGGGCAGCUCGGCGGCAUCUCUGGCGCUGGGCCUUAACUCGAUGCUGUUGAUAGCGGUGGCCAGUUGUGCGGAGUGGCGUCAUGUGAGGCUCCUGGCCAACCGGCUGGCCCAGCUCCUGGGACAUGUGUCAUGGCGGCGUCGUCGGAAACGGCGGAAGGGCAACUAGGCGGGAGGACCAACUCCAGAUAACUCCAGUCUGCCUGUCAAGAUCAACGCGAGAGAAGAAGCUAAUUGAAUUGAGUCCUCUCCAUCUAUACUUCCAUUUCCGUUGAAUUCCCUUCGAUUCUCGACUGCCAGGGUAUUCUGCUAUAUAAAUAUAUAUACACACAUAUAUACAACGUGUUGUUCAUGUAUGUACUAUAUGUGGCAUAUAGUAAAAAGCUACAAAUUGUCAAAUGUAAAACGCUGCACUUUUGCUAUCCGCAUGCGAAAUCUGAAAUCUGAGAGUCUGAUGCCAUCCGCCAUCCGCCAUUCGCCACCCAACCUAGUGCCCUUUCUGGCAUCCCGAAAAAUGCUGAACCCUGGGCUAAUCCUGCAACCAAGAUACACUGGAUACUGCAUCCUGCAUAUGUAUAUCCUGAGGGCCCUAAGGGCGUUCCGUUACGUUUGUUUGUUAGUUGUUUACGUUUCUGUUGCCAUUUUCUGUUCUGUUUGCGUUUAAUGCGGAAUGUGAAACACGAAAUGCGAAUUGCGAAUUGCGAAUUGCGAAACGCGACUUUCGUAUGGCGAAAAUGCAAAAUGCGGACUGCGGAUUGAGUACUAAAUUAUUAUAUCGAAUUUCGAGUCAAAUGUGUGUAAAUCAUAAAGUGAGCACAUAUGGAUGCCGGCAUAGACAAAAUCCGAUUUAAGCGCAUUUAAGCAUAUGUAUUUGUAUUGUAUUUGUAUAUGUGACUGUGGAAUCUAUAUAAACCUAGCUAUAUACAUGUGUACAUGUGUAUGGAACACACAAUUUUUUUUUUAUCAUAGUUGAUAGUUCAUAAAUAACUGGGAAAAUUUAUUGGCCAAUUAAUAAAGAUGCAAUUUAUACAUUCAUCUAUAUAUAUAUAUAUAUCGGUAAAUAUAUAUAUACAAGCAAGGAGCGCUGCGCGGCGACAACAUCUGCAUUACCUAGCCAGAUGGAUAUAGUGUAUACAUGGAUAUAUGCAUAGCAGUCUAGUCAAUUAAUGCCACAGUACAGUAUCUUGUAUCUUUGUAUCUACGAUAGUUAAUCUAAACGGAAAGGCAUUUGUACUUAUUUUAUAAAACCAAGUGAGAACUAUACGACGACACACACUAUUAUUAUAUGGAUAAAUAUGUGAUAAAACGUUUGCGAUGAACUCACAGAUCCAACGGGGUCUCCCGAUCCCGAUCCUCGACGAUUUCCGCACUGUACAUAUCAGGGGUUACAGGUGGUGAACUCUUAUCAAUUACUAACUUGCUUAGCUAAAUUAUAAACGAAAGGAAAAACCAAGAAAACGAGACACACAUAACUACAAACUGUCAGGGUUGCCACAGAAAUCGUGGGGGAUUUGAAAUCACUUGAAAUGAGGUUCAAAAGUAUGCUGCAAAAUGUUACACCAACUAACUUGUAUGGAUUCUCAUUCUUAAGUAUUUCACUGCAUGAUUUUAGGCACCAUUCUUAAUUGUUUUCAAAUAUUUUGCGAUUUCUGUGGCACCCCUGUAUAUCUUUAAGAACGGUAUUUGAUGAAAUUAGCACAGAAACCGGAAUAACUUCCACAAUAAACCGUUCUCCAGGUGCAUGAGGGUGUAAUCGUGUUCAUAUCCUUGUAACUCAGUAUCCCCACUGAGGUCCUGGCAAAUUGUUAGUUCAAUUAGAUGUGUUAACGAGCGAAAGCCAGGCGAGAGCAAACACGCAAUGCACAUGCUGCCAAUUCGGCAUAAACUAGUAUCUGGGAUGCCACCGAAAUCGCUGGAGAUAUGAAAUCUUUUUUGGUAGAUGCCUGAAAGUAUGCAACGAUUAAGGAACAAGGAAUUUACUCUUGCGGUUUCUGUGGCACCUCUUCAAUUUCGAAUAUGCAAACAAACUAUAUACAUAUUUACAUAUAGGUAUCGGUGAUUUUUUUU